AAAAUGUAAACAAUAACACGAGAAAUGUGAAAAAUUGAAGAUUUUAAGCGAAAUUCCUUUAAAAAAUACAAAAUAAAAUGUCAGAUAGUGACGAUAGUAUUCCAUAUUUAGAUUUGGAAAAUGUUCCAUACGACGAGGAUGAGCCAAUUGACAUGGAAAUUUCACUUCCUUCAACAUCGAAACAACUUCCCUCGACAUCUCGUACCGCCGAUUCACGAUCUAUCGAUGAGAUAAUUGGCGGCGAAGACCUCCUACGGAAACUCGUUAGCGGCGAUUUGGGCGGUCUGGCACCGAAUCUCGAUGAUAUCGACAUGGACAUCGAUUUAGAUGGCGAUGCCGAGAAAGAAAGUGCUCCCAAAAGCAAGGGAAAGGCCAGUAGCAGUUCCACAAACAUCAGCGAUCAAGCGCGUUGGGGAAAACGUUUGAAAAAAUUCCUCCCGCCCGCACUGCAAGGCCUAAUGGGACAAGCAAACUUGUGUUUCGCUCGUGGCGAAACCGAUUUAGCUGAGAAAUUCUGCCUGCAAAUCAUCAAAGAGGAACCUUUUGCGCCGGAACCGUUUCUCACACUCGCCCAAAUCUACGAGGGACGCGAUGUCGACAAAUAUACGCAAUUUAGCUUGAUUGCGGCGCAUUUGAAUCCCGGCGACGUCGAUCAGUGGAUCCGUGUGGCGGAGUUUUUGAUCGAACAGGGCGAAGUGAAGAAAGCCAUCACGUGUUAUUCGAAGGCAAUCAAGGCAGAACCACGAAAUUUCGAGAAUCGACUGAAGAGAAUAGAGUUGUUGGAGAGUAUCGGCGAGGAAAAGCAUGCGUUUCGGUGUUAUCAUGCCUUGGUGCCUCAUAUUCCGGCGGAAAAGGGAGAUUUUUUGAUACAAAUCGCGAAAAAAGUCGCUAUGAAGUUCCAUGAGGAGAAAAAUGUUUCAAGCGCGCUGAAUGUGAUAGAGGUGGCUUAUAAAAAAGUCCCAAAGCUCUUCAAAUUGGAAGAUUUGAAUCUUUUUCUCGAGCUUUUAAUCGAAACUGAGGCCUACAAGAGAGCCAUUGACGUUCUUUGUUCGCAUACUCAAGUUAAAAUCGUUUUCGCCAAAACUUCAAGCAAAAAGGAAGUUUCUGUAGAGUCAAUUUCAAUUCCAGACGAGCUAAUUCUCGAUUUUCAAUCAAAACUGAUCGUUUCUCUCAUUCACUUGCGUUGCUUUAAUUUGCUCGAUCAACUGAUUCAACACAUUUUUGACAAAAUUGACAUCGAAGAUGCCGGCGAUUGUUACCUCGAUGUCGCCGAAGCCCUCAUGAAGGAAGAAAAAUUCGAGUAUGCCUUGAAAUUGCUCACACCACUCGUUCAAAGUACAAAUUACAGUUUGGCAGCUGUUUGGUUGCGUCAUGCCGAUUGUCAUCGAGCGAUCGGAAAUCUAGCUGAUGCGAUUUCCUCUUAUCGGUGCGUGAUAAAUUUGGCGCAACAUUUGGGAGCACGUCUCACAUUGGCGGCGUUGCUGAAACAAAAGGGCGAAUUCGACGAAGCUCUCGACGCGUUAUACCAAAGUCCCGAAAGUGGCGUUAUUGAUCCGGGAGUGCUGUAUGAACGAUGUUUGCUGUUCAAAGAGAUCGGACGACACAAAGAUCUCAUCGAAAAUGGAUUUUUACUGCUUUCGAGACAUUGCUAUAAACUAAGGAAUCGUCAGGAAAUGCAGGCAGUUUGUAUUCAACGCUAUUCCAGCAGGAUACAAAUGCUCAAGGACAUGCGUCAAAGUCGUUGUGAGCCUCUGGAGGACCUUGACACACUGGAAUUCGGUCAUUCUGAUCUCGAACCGUCUGCGGAACAGGAAUGGAAUUUACUGUUGGACGUUCUUAAGGCAUGUUACACGCUGAAAAUGUUCGAAAAACUACAAAAAAUCGUUUUUACGAUAUUUUUCUCGAAACGUCUCGUGUCAUAUCAGAAAGAAAUUGAAUUUUUAGCAUUUUUAUCGUGUCUGUACUCGCGCGAUUACAAUUUUGGAUACGCCUUGGGCAAAGAAUAUCUCGCAAAAGACAUGAAAAAUAAACGUUUGUGGAAUAUUUUCAACCAAAUCAUCCAAAAUGCCGACGAUAUUCGGUACAUCCGUUUCGUAUCACGAACUUUUUCCAAAUAUGACGUCCCGCAAUACGUGAAUAUCAUUCAGGGCAACAAUUAUCUCACGUCAGGCUCUUACAAGUACGCCAUGAACGACUACAUUGCACUGUACAAAGACAUCAAAGAUCCGAUUUUGCCCCUUUUGAUCGGAGUCACUUUAACGAACAUCGCUUGUCAGAAAUAUUCGGCGAAGAAACAUUCGGUGAUGACACAAGUAAUUGCCUACAUGGAAGAAUAUCGAAAGCUGAGGGAGCCGGAAGCCAGUCAGGAAGUUUAUUACAAUUUUGGACGAAUGUUUCACCAAUUGGGCUUGGUGAGUUUAGCUCUGGACAAUUAUCAGAAGGCGCUGGAGGCGGAAAAUGAAUGGACACGAAAAUAUCCACAAUAUUUAUCAUUAAAAGCGGAAAUUGCUUAUAAUAUUCAUUUAAUUUACAAAGCAAGUGGAAAUUAUGAUCUGGCGAGGAAGUAUUUGUAUGACAACAUUGUAAUAUAA